UCCGCAUGCGCAGUUGUGCCAUGUUGCUAAUGUGCAGAACUAUGUGACUGUAGUUCAGCGUGCAAAUGUUUUGAUUUACAUUGGAGUUAAAAGAACACCUGACAAAAUGAAGACCAGAUUCAAUACAGUGGAUAUUAGGGCAGUCAUUGCUGAAAUCAAUGCCAACUACAUUGGGAUGAGAGUGUACAAUGUCUAUGACAUCGACAACAAGACAUAUCUCAUUCGACUGCAAAAACCUGACACUAAAGCUGUGCUGCUGAUUGAGUCUGGAAUCCGAAUCCACUCCACGGAGUUCGAGUGGCCUAAAAAUAAUAUGCCAUCGGGGUUUGCCAUGAAAUGCCGGAAACAUUUAAAAUCCAGAAGGUUGGUGUCAGUCAAGCAGCUGGGGAUUGACAGGAUUGUGGACUUCCAGUUCGGAUCAGACGAAGCUGCUUACCACCUGAUAGUGGAGCUUUAUGAUAGGGGUAACAUCAUCCUGGCUGAUCACGAGUACACCAUCCUGAACCUGUUGCGGUUCCGCACUGCUGAGGGAGAGGGGGAGGAGGAUGUGAAGAUCGCAGUAAGGGAGAGAUACCCAGUGGAGAACGCCAAGCCCUCUGAGCCACUCAUUAGUCUGGAGAGGCUAACAGACAUUCUCUCCAAAGCUCCAAAUGGAGAUCAAGUCAAAAGAGUGCUUAAUCCUCACCUUCCGUAUGGAGCCACGCUAAUUGAGCACUGUCUAAUGGAGGUUGGACUCUCGGGCCUCAUGAAAGUAGACAACCAGUUUGAUGUCACACGAGAUGUUCCUAAGAUCCUGGAAGCACUGAAAAUGGCAGAGGAGUACAUGGAGAAAACUGCCACCUUCAGCGGAAAGGGCUACAUUAUUCAAAAAUGUGAGAAGAAACCAAGUUUAGGUCCAGAUAAGCCAGCUGAAGAACUGCUGACGUAUGAAGAAUUCCACCCUUUUUUGUUCGCCCAAAAUGCAAAAAAUCCCCAUGUUGAGUUUGAUUCUUUUGAUAAGGCGGUUGAUGAGUUCUUUUCAAAGAUGGAGAGCCAAAAGAUUGAUCUGAAAGCCUUGCAUCAGGAGAAACAGGCUAUGAAGAAAUUGGAAAACGUUAAAAGAGACCAUGAAAAUCGUCUGGAAGCCUUGCAUCAAGCUCAAGAGGUGGACCGGCUGAAGGGUGAGCUGGUGGAGAUGAACCUGCCCAUGGUGGAGCGAGCGCUGCAGGUGGUUCGGAGCGCUCUGGCCAAUCAGGUGGACUGGGCCGAGAUCGGCCUCAUUGUGAAGGAGGCGCAAGCGGCCGGCGAUCCCGUGGCCUGCGCCAUCAAGGAGCUGAAGCUGCAGACCAAUCACAUCACCAUGCUGCUCAAGAACCCAUACGUCGGCCCAGAGGAUGAGGAAGUGGAGGAAGAGGAGGUAGUGGAGAAAACUGAGACGCAGAAGGGGAAGAAGAACAAGAAGAAGGACAAAGAACAGAGGGGCAAACUGCAGAAGAACAAGCCCAUGCUGGUGGACGUGGACCUCAGCCUCUCUGCAUAUGCCAAUGCUAAAAAGUAUUAUGACCACAAGCGCAGUGCUGCAAAAAAGGAACAGAAGACAGUGGAGGCUGCGCAGAAGGCUUUCAAGUCUGCUGAAAAAAAGACAAAACAGACCCUCAAGGAAGUUCAAACUGUUACCAACAUUCAGAAGGCUCGGAAGGUGUAUUGGUUUGAGAAGUUCCUGUGGUUCAUCAGCUCAGAGAACUACCUCAUCAUUGCUGGUAGAGAUCAACAACAGAACGAGAUGAUCGUCAAACGAUAUCUGAGAGCAGGGGACAUCUACGUCCACGCUGACCUACACGGAGCCACCAGCUGUGUCAUCAAGAAUCCCUCAGGUGUGCCCGUUCCCCCACGCACGCUCACAGAGGCGGGCACCAUGGCGGUGUGCUACAGUGCCGCCUGGGAUGCCAAGGUCGUCACCAGUGCUUGGUGGGUCCACCACCAUCAGGUAUCAAAGACUGCACCGACUGGAGAGUAUCUCACCACAGGAAGUUUCAUGAUCAGAGGAAAGAAAAACUUCCUGCCUCCAUCUUACCUUAUAAUGGGCUUUGGCUUCCUCUUCAAGGUAGAUGAUGAGAGUGUACUUAGGCACAAGGGUGAGAGGAAGGUAAAGACUCACGAAGAGGAAAUGGAAGAUGUGGCCACCAGCACUGCAGAGCUGCUGGAGGAGGGCGAGGAGUUACUGGGAGAAGACAGUGGGAAUGAAGGGGAGGCAAAUGGAGAGGAACAGUGCAGUAGAGAGAGCAGGCCAGAAGGAGAGACACCAGACCAGACCGACUCAAAAACAACAGCAGGUGAAGAGGAGGAGGAGGAGGAAGAGGAGGAAGAAGAAAGCAAAGAUCUAGAACCACUGGUCGAGGAACCUGAGGACGUUCUGGAUGAGGGCCAACCAAAGGCGAUGGCAGAGCAGAAGAUGGAGACAGAAGUUAAGAGUGAAGACGAAAGUGCGGAUGUUGCUUUCCCCGACACGACCAUCUCCCUCUCCCACUUACAUUCCAACAGGAGAGUGGCUCAAGCUGCUGGCUUUAAACAGGAGGUCUCUAACCAGGUGGAUGCCGAUGGACAGGCUAGGAAACACUUGACUGCCAAGCAGAGGAGGGAGAUGAAGAAGAAGCCGAAGCAUGAUGACGCCGAUGACCAAGACGAGCCAGAGACCAAGAAAGAGCCGGAGAGCAGCCAGAACAACAGCAGCAGCAAGGGUGGAGCGCCCACACAGCCACUGCUGAAGAGAGGCCAGAAGAACAAGAUGAAGAAGAUCAAGGAUAAAUACAAAGACCAGGAUGAAGAGGACCGAGAACUGAUGAUGAAACUGCUAGGGUCUGCAGGCUCGAAUAAAGAGGAGAAAGUGAAGAAGGGCAAGAAGGGGAAAGGAAAAGAGGAGCCCAUGAAGAAGGGGCCCCAGAAAGGGCCCCAGAACCCCCGGCCACAAGAGGGCGCUGUGAAGAGGCCGGAGCGGCCAGCCACAGAGGACGCCCAGGCAGGGGGAGAAGGGGCUGCCCCAGAACAAGAUGACAAGGAAGCAGAUGAUUUGGACCAAGAUAACCCAGGGGCUGAGGAGGCGGAGAACCUGUUGACCUCUCUCAGUGGCCAACCCCACCCUGAAGACGUGCUCCUCUUUGCAGUGCCUGUGUGUGCACCUUAUACGUCCCUCUCCAGCUACAAGCACAAGGUGAAGCUGACCCCUGGUGCACAGAAGAAAGGGAAAGCGGCCCGGACAGCAGUAUUAAGCUUCAUGCGUGCCAAGGAGGCCACGACUCGAGAGAAAGACCUCUUCCGUAGUGUGAAGGACACAGACCUGUCCCGCAACAUGCCGGGCAAAGUGAAGGUCUCAGCUCCAAACAUAUUGGCAGCCAAGAAGAAAUGAGCCUGCUGGGUGUCUGGCCUGGACCAAAGAAUUUGAUGGCUGAUCUGUACAUACAGUAACAUGCUCGGGAAAGACAGACAGAAGCUAUGAAUUUUACCCUUACUGCCUGGUAUGGAUAUAAAACCUAAUCCAUGCUCAUGACUGCUCGUGGAAAGAGUGGACAUUUUGUUGAGAUUGAGGACCUCAGGACUGUAUUAGGGGCGGCUGCUUCACCAACACAAUUGUGUAAUAUCAUUGUCAUCUUACUGCAGUGUGAGGAUAUGAAUAUAUUUCUUUUGCCUUUAUUUGCAUAUUUGUGUGAAGUAAAGAUAGAAUUUUAAUUGCAAAAA